AAGCACCGACACACCAUAACUCACCAAAAAAAUGGCCUACUCUAAGACCUUCCUCCUUCUCGGCCUCCUCCUCGCUCUUCUCUUCGUCUCCUCUCAUGUCUCGGCUCGCUUCCUCGAGGAAAAGAAAAGUGAUGUAGAGAGUGACAGUCACGGGCACCAUGAUCAUGGGCACCACGACCACGGUCACCAUGGCCAUGACGCUAAUGUUGAUGGCUUGGAUGGUCACCAUGGACACCACGGCGGAGGACAUGGUGGACACCAUGGUCAUGAUGCUGACGUUGAUGACUUAGACGGACACCAUGGCCACCACGACCACCACGACCACCACGACCACCACGACCACCACGACCAUCACGACCACCACGACCACCACGACCAUCACGACCACCACGACCAUCAUGGACACCACGGUCACGACCAUGAUGCAAAAAUGGAAGACGUUAAGAAUUAGAGGUCUAAAGUCAGCUCGAUAUCGUUAUCGUUGUAAGAUGAAAUAAAAGUUUGUUGCGUGUGUGUUUAAAUUUAAAUAAAAGGAAAUGUAUGCUGUUU